AUGGCCGGCGGCGACGAUCUCAGCAAGAAGGAAGUCAACAUCCUUCCCCACGACACCCAGAAGGACGAGCAAAAGAACCCCAACAACCCCCUCAACAAGCUCGCUGACGGCGCCAAGGCCACCUUCGAGCAGGCGUCAAAGGCCAUGCCCGGUCCCGCCAUCUCCCAGAACAUUGGCGGCGAGGAGGGCACCAAGGAGGAACGCAGGGCCAAGGCUGAGCAGCUCAACAAGUAA